CUUAAAAAUACAAUAAAAUAUUGAAUAGACAUUUGAAUUAUUGAUGAAACAGUGAGAAAUUCACUGCGCAUGUUUUGUGCUCAAAUUGUAUAUUUUUGAUCAAAACCAGAGACAUUUCAGGUGUGUUUUAGAUACAAUUAAAUAUCAUAAUCUAAAAUUUAAAUUUCUGGACUUCAGAAAAUGUGCAUCUUUCCUCAUUUUGUUGGUGAAAUAACAGAGUAUUCCUUAAAAUUUUUUAGUAUUUUCAUAUGUGCCCAAGAAUACAGUAUCAUUGCAUGGAUUGCGCGGAACCUAGAUUAAUCGCCAAAUCCCGCCGCCACUGAACUUCUCCGGAGGUGACAGUUGCUGCGCAUAACCUCACACUUGAAGUCUUGUCAGAGGAUUCUUGGGUGUUUUUUACAUGUUUGUAAACAGAGGAUUUGCCAGGCUUUCCCGGAAGCAGGAUGUCGUAUAAGUUGCAGGAGUUGAAGUGCAAGAGCUUCGAGGAGUUGUCAAGUUUGUACGCAGUACCGAACUUGAAGAGGCAGAAAGUGAAAACCCUGGUCAAGUCCGCUGUGAAGCUGUAUGAGGAAGCGGAGAAGCAAUAUGAUCUGCACGAUGAGGAGCAGAGUUUCGUGCUGUACAUGAAGUACUUCAAUGUUGUGCAGUCAAUCCGGAAUGCGUCAGACUACCUCACUCACAAGAACUAUGUGGCGACUCUGCUGGGCACGAACCUGAAGCAGAAGAAGGCGCUGGACAGAACGGAGGCCCUCUCGAAAAGCCUCAGGAAGAGGUACGAUUUGCUGCGGAUGUGCGAGGAGUGUGAUGAAGAGGAGGAGGACUUACCUGAAGCCAAUCCAGUGCCUGAGACGUCAAUGGAGACGGAGAAAUCCACGAGUGUCACGAGUCAGCAGUUGUUCUUUAUGAUCCAGGGUGGCGAGGAUGUGCUAGUGCUGGAUUGCCGACCCAGGGAGGAUUUCUUAGCGUCGCGACUGAUGUACGACACUUGCCUUAACAUUCCGGAGGAGGUGAUUCUGCCCGGCAUGACCGCUGGGCGGCUGUACAACGAACUGGGCGAGCAGGAGAAGAUCCUGUGGAACUCCAGGUCAGCCAGGAAGUGCGUGGUGCUGAUGGAUUGGAGCUCCCGAGGCAGCACUCCUGUGCGGCCUACUUCACUCUGGUAUCUGCUGGAGAUCCUGCAGAUCUGGGAUCCGGACGUGACCUAUUCUCACCUCGUGAUGCUGAGUGGCGGCUAUGAGGACUUCAUCCUGCGCUACCCGAUGUGCUCCACGAAUCCCAAGGCCUUGCCGCCGGCAUCCAAGACGGCGGACGAGAAUUCGCUGGAGGAGAUUGAAUACCCUUCGAUUGGGGAUAUCGUGAUGAAGAAGGAAUUCUCGGCGCAGCCCAGCGUGGAUCGUGGCUCCAAGGCUGCGGCGAUUCUCACGUACGAGCAGAAGGAGCAGCACGUGCAGGAUUUGCUGGAGCAACAGGAGGAGAUGGUGGAGAAGGGGCUGAAGAUCGAGAAGGAGCGCCUGAAGGCGGAGAAGAGCUUUCAGCAGUUGAAUGAAACUUUCGCCAGGGAUGAGGAGUUGCAGGCGCGCGAGGCGAAGGAGCAGGAGCUCAUCUACACCAUGAUGCAGAUGGAGAACCGCGAGCGCGACGUCCUGGCUGAGAAUGAGCGCAUCAAGCGGGAAUUGGCGGAGUAUAAGCAGAGGGAGGCGGAAAUCGCUGCCAAGGAGGAGGCGGCCACGCGGGCGAGGAUUGAGGAGAAGGAACGCGAGAAGAUGCGCCUGCAGGAGCAACGCCAGCGCCUUGAGAUGGAGCGCGAUCGGAAGCUGAAGGAGGCCAGAGAGCAGAAGAAGUUGCUGCAGGAGAACAAGGAGAAUGCCAUUCCGAUCAUCAAUCGCGACUCGAAGCCUCAUGCGCUGCCCGCGCGGGAAGUAAGGGACUUGGCGCCGGUCGUGGGCAGUGUCCAGCGAGGCCUGACCGGACUGAAGAAUCUGGGCAACUCGUGCUACAUGAACAGCGUCGUGCAGUGCCUCAGCAACACGGCCAGCUUCAAGGAGUGCAUCCUGCGCGGGCUGUUCCGCAAGCAGAUCAACCACGCCAGCAAGACGAAGGGGCGCAUCGUGGAGGAGCUGGCGGCUGUGGUGGAGGCGCUCUGGUGUGGACAGUACAGAUUUAUCUCGGCGGUGCACUUCAAGUGCACAGUUGGUGCGAUCCACGCGAUGUUCCGGGACUUUGAGCAGCAGGACGCCCACGAGUUCCUCACUAUCCUCAUGGACAUGCUCCACCUGGACCUGCAGACCAUCGCCACGAGUAGCCAGCGCGAUCAUUUGCCCAUGAGCGAGAAGGCGUGGCUGGACUUCACCAAAUCGCGCGAGAGUGUCAUCCUGAGGCUGUUCUACGGCCAGAUCAAGAGCACGGUGAAGUGCAAGGAGUGCGGCAAGGAGAGCGCCACGUACGACAGCUUCUCCAAUCUCAGCCUCGAGCUGCCCAGCAGCCACAUCAGCGAGUGCCACCUGGACAACUGCUUCGACAUGUACUUCAACGGCGAGACAAUCGCCGGCUGGAACUGCCCGGCGUGCAAGCAAAGCCGGAGUGCCGUGAAGAAGCUGGACAUCUCGAAGCUCCCGCCCAUUCUGGUCGUCCACCUGAAGCGCUUCUGCGCCGACCAAAUGACCGUGGCGUCGUCAUAUCGCAAGAAGCGGACCAACGUGAAGUUUCCACUGGAGAAUCUCGACCUUAGCGCCUACAUCACACGCUCAGAGAAGCGCUCGCGGAAGAUGUACCAGCUGUACGCCGUGUCCAAUCACUUCGGCACGAUGGACAGCGGCCACUACACAGCCUUCUGUCGCAAUCCGGACAUGGGAAGAUGGUUCAACUAUGACGACGACAAGGUGAGCGCGAUGGACAGUAGAGACGUGCAAUCUUCUGCGGCUUACAUUUUGUUCUACACUUUCCACUGAGGAGAUGAGCUUACAAAGGACCUUAAGAAGGGCUGAGGAAUCAAAAUUAAAUCGUCUGCAAUGGUAAAAUUGUAUUGUAUGAAGUGUAAACGAAAGGAAUACAGAUUUGGUAAGAAGAUUCAAA